AUGGCGGCUGUUGCUCCUCCUCGUGGCCUUGCGCCGAACGCAUCACUGCCCGCCAAAGUUGCGACGAUUCCUCCGAACCAGACACUCUAUGUAACGAACCUGCCGUCCAACAAGAUCCAGAAACAAGACCUACGAACCGAACUCUACCUGCUCUUCUCGACGUAUGGGCCCGUUCUCGAUAUUGUUGCCAUGAAGACGAUGAAGAUGCGAGGACAAGCGCACAUCACCUUCCGUGAUGUGCAAACGGCAACCCAAGCCAUGCGCUCGCUCGAAGGCUUCGAGUUCCUUGGUCGUCCUUUGGUGCGCUCGCCCGAGAAUACUAGACUGCAGACCGUGAUUGCUGACCAACCGAGUGAACAGACUAUCCAGUACGCCAAGUCAAAGUCCGACUUCGUCGCCAAGCUGGACGGCACAUUUAAGAUGCCCAAUUCUACGGCUGGAGCUUCCAGCACCGAAGUGACGGACCUCCAGAAGAGCAUCUUCAAUGCCCCAGCACCAGGUGCCGCAUCAGGCGCUGCUCCAGGAACCGCCGCAGCGAAGCCCUCGACUGGCGGUGACCAACCCAUGGGUGAUGCACAAGCAUCCGACGCGAGGGGUCAGAAGCGGACGAGAGAUGAGGAAGAAGAAGAGGACAGUGAUGUUGCCAUGGAAGAGGACAGCGACGACGAUUGA